CUUCCGUAUCCCGCCUAGCAGACCUUCGCCUCUGAAGACCAGCGCAGCAGACCUUCUUCCAUAUUCUGGACAGACCUUCGGCCCCUUCUUCCAUAACAGAUCGUCAGUAGCAUGGAGAUCGAAGAAGCAGCGAUGAUAGUGAUCAGGUCAACGAGGCCAAACUUCCGAAAUCCCCAUGACAAGGUGGCCUUUGCCGUCCACGCUUCAUUUGUUGCUUCUGGCUUUGCUACCCUCGCCACUGGCGCCCCUGCUUUUUGUGACGAUCCCUUCUCUUCAUCCUCCAGUGAUGAGGUCGGUAUCGAUCACUGGAAUGAUUUUGAGAACAAAUACGCCUUCAUUUAUUCACACCGUCAGAGAAGGUCAAAGAAGGUGUUAGUUAAGUGCCUCGCUAUGAAUGACAAACUCCUUGUUGAUGCAUUGGGGGAGGGUGAUAAUGAGCGUCAUCAUCUCGAACUGAACAUUCAGGACUAUGUUGAGGACGGAGAUGCCAAUUACGACACCCACUAUAAGAAUUUCAGUAAGCUAGUUGAAGAAAUUACAACAAAAAUUUCAAACAAUUACAAGGUCUCUUCUGCAGUGAAAUCGUCCCCUCAGGCAUCAAGUUCUGAAAAGAGAGUUAUCAGAGACGAUGCUGAUAUGCCUUCGGGUUAUUCUCCUCCAGGAUAUGUUGUGCCUCCAAUACCUGCUUUCGGCGGCAGUGAUACUAUUCCUGCACCUGGUGCUGGAGUUUACCCUACCAGAGAUACCGGAGGCUAUGGAAGCAUGCUCGUAGGACCCAGAGAUGCUCGUUUCUUCCCAAGGAUAGGUGGUGACGCUGCUUUUCCUAGGGGACUGCAGGGUGUACCACCAGGUGCUCGUUUUGAUCCAAUUGGUCCACCAGGUGUUCCUGGUUUUGAGCCAGGCCGUUUUAUCAGGGAUCCGAGUAGACCAGGAGGAAGUGGCAGAAAUCAUCCUGAUCUGGAACAUUUUGGCGACGGUUCAGAUUACAUAUAGCUGUUACUAGUUUUGGGAUAUGUGCAUAUUUAAUAUCUAAACACCCCUACCCCUACCCCUACCCUCACCCUCAUUCACGUUUAUUAAAACGUGAAUCGUGCAAGGAAAUUUAUGAAGUUGUAUUUAUAUAGCUGUUACUAGUUUUGGGAUAUGUGCAUAUUUCAUUCAUGUUUAUUAAUUUGUAGACAUUUAUGAAGCUGUAUUUAUAUUUCGUUUAGUAGUUAAGUACUUUUUUUUUUUU